CGAUAAUAUUCAUGUGUUAAAAAACCAUGCUUUUGCGAGUGCAUCUUUUCAAAUGAAAAUUUUUUUUUUUAUUAUAAAAAUCCAAUUCAAAUAUCGAUCCAAACAUUUGAAAAAAACAAACACUGGUCUGACUAGUCGUCAUCAUAUUUCAUCAUUGAUAUUUUCCAAUCAACCAGCCACCACCACUACCACCACGAAAAUUUACCUUGUAAAUCAGCACUGCAUGCAUGGUUGUUGUUCCAAGUUUUGGCCAACAAAGCACGUUUUCUCGCUCUCUCUUCGUUCGUUCGUUUUUGUUCGUUUAGCUCCACCAUCAUCAUCAUCAUCGAAAUCGCCAUCGACAACAACAUCGCCAUUAUCGUUUGCUCAGCAAAAGAAGAAAAAUUUGAUCCAAACAACUUUUUUCGUCUGUUUAUUUUGGAACAUUAUUCGUUAUCGUUUGUCAUCAAAUUAUUACAUUCCAGAAUUUACAUUCCGGUUUCCAGAAAACUCCACUAGAUUUCACCGAAACAGCCAAACAAACGUUUCAAUCAUGAGCUGCGAUGCUGAAACAUUUCAUAUGAUACAAAAAGUAUUCCAGUUACAAGAAGAACGUGAACAUUCAUUGAAAAUUUUUGAAGAAGCCUAUAAAAUCUAUAUGACAAAUACAACAAAUUUUAAUCCAACAAAAUUUCGUCAAUUAGUAACGGAUGUUACAAAAGAUUUUAAACGUAUUUCAAAUGAUAUGAUUGAUUUAUCUGGAUAUUUUCGCCGGGAAGGUCAUCAAAAUUUAUCCUGUUUAGUUAAACAACUGCAAGAAGAAGAAGAAAAUCGUUUACAAUUAAGUGCAAAACUACAAAUGGCUAAACAAGAAGCAAAUGAUUAUAAUCAAAAUGAUGAUUCACCACAAAAUCUUUGGAAUAAAGUUGCACAUUUAAAAGAAUUAUAUAAUAACAGUAUUCAAUCGGUUAAUGAUUGUAUGGAAAAAUUACGUAUCGAAACGGAUAAAAUUUCUUAUUAGGAUUUUUUUUUCGGGAAUGUUUUCGGGAUUUUUCGGGAAUGUUUCUCCGAUAAUCGAUAAUCAAUUUUCACCGAAAUCAAUGUCAGCAACAACUGAGUUUAUCCAAAAAACAGAUUUUUUUUUUUUGUUUGAUAAUUGUUGCUUGCUUGCCUGCUUUUUUUAAACGAUGUUCUUUGAUUAAAUUCUAUCAAAUUUAGUUGUAAUAGAUAAA